AUGUCAUCGACUCCUGGGAGAGCAUCGUCCACCGACUCAGUCCACACCUCAGAUCAGAGUGCAGCUGGCUGCAAAUACCUCGAAUACGAAGAGGCUUUAUGUCGCAAAGACACUUGCAAUAUUGUCAUUUAUGGACAAACAGGCACUGGUAAAAGUUCCUUGAUCAACUUGAUCACCAAGAAGCAGGCGGCGCGGACGUCCCCCGACGCCGAGGGAUGUACAAGGCAAACCACCGUGUACGGGCAUGAUGUUGUGACUGAGAACAGGACCUUAAAGGUACAACUGUUCGACACGGCCGGUCUUGACGAGGGCGCUCAGGGAACGGUUCCCAAUCCGCAAGCUGAGCAUGCUUUGAAGAGACUCUUUCAACCUCAUAUAAAAAUACAUAUCAUUAUGUACUGUGUACAGGGCGUAAAGAAUGCCCCGGCGCUCCGGCGCAACUACGACUUAUUGUCCAAAUUCAAGGGAAAUGUUCCCGUCGUCCUUGUCGUUACAGGACUGGAAGACCAAGAACCGGAAAUGGAAGAGUGGUGGAAAAGAAACCAGGCAUCCAUCUCAAAACUUGAGAUGAAAUUUUCUGGCCACGCAUGUAUUACCGCGUUGACCAUCAAUGCAGGUGAUACAGAUAAGGUCAGGCAGCGCCGCGAAGAGUCAUACCGUGCCGUCUGGAACCUUAUCGAACAGAAUCGCCCGAUAAAGAAUAUCGUACUCUUUGGAGCAAGCGGAGUUGGCAAAAGCUCAGUCGUAAACCUCAUGGCAGGAAAGACAGUAGCAAAGUCAUCUCCUAGCUUGGAAAGAUGCACGCUCCGUUGGAAAAAACAUGUCAUCGACUUUGAUGGGGAGUCUUAUAGGAUGUUCGAUACCGUUGGACUCGAGGACCCGCAGCUUGGAAUUCCAGACUACCUCAUGUCCGUCGACAACGCUUAUAGCUUGGUCCAGGAAUUGGAUAACCAAGGUGGCAUUGAUCUGCUUCUGUUCUGCAUUCGCGCCGGCAGAAUGACCGCCACUCUUCAGAGCAAUUACCGGCUCUUUUACGAAUUCCUCUGCGAGAAGAAAGUCCCCGUUGUCCUUGCUAUCACAGGCCUCGAAGGAGAGAGGAGGAUGGAGGACUGGUGGGAGCGAGAACAUCACCACCUUGACAGAUAUCAGAUCCACGUUAUGGGCCAUGCGUGCAUCACUGCCGCUGAUGGGCUGCCAGUCGGCACACAGAUGGGAGACCACUAUCAAGACUCGCGCCUCGUGAUUCGCCAACUUGUCAGGCAAUAUGUUACUGACGGGCCAAAGCCACCAUGGAUAGGAGGGAACAAUCUGUUCAUCUCGUUGAUGCGCAAGCUAAAGGAGCUACUUACAGGGGGUUCACAUGUGAGACGCAAGGAUCUUGUUCCUCAUCUCAUGAAGCGUUGUGGGGUACCUAAAGAGGUCGCUAAACAUUUGGCUGAUAUGAUAAAGAACAAAUAAUUUUGAUACCCGGAUCCGCUUGUUGACUUUGUCCUUGUCGAUACGUUACAUAUCACUCAGCCCAUACCGUUAUAUAGAUAUAUUUUGAAUGGACUAUCAGUCAAGG